AUGUAACACUAUUGUUCCUUAUGCACAAAAUCACUUGGAACCUUAAAAGGAGCUUUAUUCCUAUUUCCUGUUGGAUUCAAGACUCAAUACACAAAUUUUUAUAUUCAACAAAUAGUGUUAAAAUUAAUUACACUGCACAAUCACUAACUCAUACUCACUGAUCAUUAUAUCCUCUUUCAUAAUGAAAAAUAUAUUUGUGAAUUAUGUUGGUAACUCAUUCAAUAAGGUUUCAUUUGUUAAAAAUGCAAAAUCUAUAACUUUGUUGCCAAUUAACCAAUAAAACACUGCAAUUUCUGUCAAACUAAUCUAUGUUUAUACUGUGGAACCUAACUUGAACUGUUUUCAACCACUAAAGGGAUUUGUUACUCUUGUUAAAGAUAAGAAUUUAUAUCCUACAAAAUCGCUUAUCUUAUAAUGAUUCUAGUUGUUGGAUUACUUUUACCUUAUUUAGCUCUCAAUUACUUACUAACUAAAUUCUUUGACCCCAUUCAUUAGUACAAAUAUUUAAAGAAUAGAUUCUGUAUUGCACUAAUCCUAUUCAUUCUACUUUUUCCUAUUCUAUUUCCAUAUGCAAUCAUUUAAUUAAUAUUUACAGGCAUAUAAUCCAUCAUUAGAAACUUUACAUGA